AGCGCCUUGUGCGCGUCAUGGCUGCGCGUACAGACUUGCGUCAUCGCUUUGCGCCGUGCCGAGGGGAUCUCGGAGCCGGUGGCUGCAGAUGGCGGCGGCAGUUGUGGUGGCGGAGGGGGACAGCGACUCCCGGCCCGGACAGGAGUUGUUAGUGGCCUGGAAUACCGUGAGCACCGGCCUGGUGCCGCCAGCUGCGCUGGGGCUGGUGUCUUCCCGGACCAGCGGUGCAGUCCCGCCAAAGGAAGAGGAGCUCCGGGCGGCGGUGGAGGUUCUGAGGGGCCACGGCCUGCACUCAGUCCUGGAGGAGUGGUUCGUAGAGGUGCUGCAGAACGAUCUGCAGGCCAACAUCUCCCCUGAGUUCUGGAAUGCCAUCUCCCAAUGCGAGAACUCUACGGAUGAGCCCCAGUGCCUUCUGCUGCUCCUUGACGCUUUUGGCCUGCUGGAGAGCCGCCUGGAUCCCUACCUGCGCAGCCUAGACCUGCUGGAGAAAUGGACUCGCCUGGGCUUGCUGAUGGGCACUGGUGCUCAGGGGCUGCGAGAAAAAGUCCACACUAUGUUGCGCGGAGUCUUGUUCUUUAGUACCCCCAGAACCUUCCAAGAGAUGAUCCAGCGUCUGUAUGGGUGCUUCCUGAGAGUCUAUAUGCAGAGUAAGAGGAAGGGGGAAGGGGGCACAGACCCGGAACUGGAAGGGGAGCUGGACAGCCGGUAUGCCCGUCGCCGGUACUACCGGCUCCUGCAGAGCCCGCUGUGCGCAGGGUGCAGCAGUGACAAGCAACAGUGCUGGUGUCGCCAGGCUCUGGAGCAGUUCCAUCAGCUCAGCCAGGUCUUACACAGGCUCAGUCUGCUGGAGCGGGUCAGUGCCGAGGCUGUGACCACCACCCUGCACCAGGUGACCCGGGAGAGGAUGGAGGACCGUUGCCGAGGCGAGUACGAGCGCUCCUUCCUGCGUGAGUUCCACAAGUGGAUCGAGCGGGUGGUCGGCUGGCUCGGCAAGGUGUUCCUGCAGGACGGCCCCGCCAGGCCUGCAUCUCCUGAGGCCGGCAACACCCUGCGCCGCUGGCGCUGCCACGUGCAAAGGUUCUUCUACCGCAUCUACGCCAGCCUGCGCAUCGAGGAGCUCUUCAGCAUCAUCCGAGACUUUCCAGACUCCCGGCCGGCCAUCGAGGACCUCAAGUACUGCCUGGAGAGGACAGACCAGAGGCAGCAGCUGCUCGUGUCCCUCAAGGCUGCCCUGGAGACUCGGCUCCUGCAUCCAGGCGUCAACACGUGUGACAUCAUCACCCUCUACAUCUCUGCCAUCAAGGCGCUGCGUGUGCUGGACCCUUCCAUGGUCAUCCUGGAGGUCGCCUGUGAGCCCAUCCGCCGCUACCUGAGUGCAGAGAGAAUCUCUUCCACUUGGCCUCGCCUUGGUGCUGACCAGCCCCCCCGGCUGACCAGGCAAGGAGAGUGGGCUCUGUGCUGUCCCAGCCUUUCCCACAACCAGGAACAGACACUGCCCGGGGUUGUUCGGUGGAGAAUGUGCUGGAAUGAGGACCUUGACGUGGCCGCCUGGAAAUUCCUCAGGGCCGGCAGACACAGCGGACCCCAGAAGCCGAGCAGUAGCAGCCGGACACGGGAGGACACGGUGCGGCAGAUUGUGGCCGGGCUGACGGGGGACUCGGACGGGACAGGGGACCUGGCUGUUGAGCUGUCCAAGACCGACCCUGCAAGCCUGGAGACAGGCCAGGACAGUGAGGACGACUCGGGCGAGCCGGAGGACUGGGUCCCGGACCCCGUGGAUGCCGAUCCAGGGAAGUCGAGCUCCAAGAGGCGUUCAUCAGACAUCAUCAGUCUGCUGGUCAGCAUCUACGGCAGCAAGGACCUCUUCAUCAAUGAGUACCGCUCGCUGCUGGCCGACCGCCUGCUGCACCAGUUCAGCUUCAGCCCUGAGCGGGAGAUCCGCAACGUGGAGCUGCUGAAGCUGCGCUUUGGCGAGGCCCCAAUGCACUUCUGCGAGGUCAUGUUGAAGGACAUGGCGGACUCCCGCCGCAUCAACGCCAACAUCCGGGAGGAGGACGAGAAGCGGCCGGCGGAGGAGCAGCCACCGUUCGGGGUCUAUGCUGUCAUCCUGUCCAGUGAGUUCUGGCCACCCUUCAAGGACGAGAAGCUCGAGGUCCCCGAGGACAUCAGGGCAGCCCUGGAGGCUUACUGCAAGAAGUACGAGCAGCUCAAGGGAGGCAGCCGGGGAGCCAGAGUUGCCCUCUGCCCAGGGCAGCGCUCCCAAGCACACCUGACUCCCAGGACUGCAGCCCUGCCCCCUUCUCCAGAUCUGUUUCCUCGAGAACUACCUUUGCAGGUUCCAGCGGUACUUGAGGCCCGGGGCUGUGGGUCUGUGGUGGGAAUAGGAGGGAAGCAGAUGUGGGGAGUGGAGGAGUGAGCCCUGGCCUGGAGGUCACUGGCAGACGGGGACAGUGUGCCCAGGUGAUGGUGUUGGCCGUGUUUGGCUCACAUCCCUGGCAGCACUGCCGAUCCCAGCAGUCCCAGGACAGGCGUCCAGAGCCCAAGGGAUGGGACCAGGCUUGGAGGUUCUUUCCCUGAGCUCUUAGGUGAGAUGUGUCGGCUGGCGGAGGAAGGGGUUAGGAUAGCCAUCACAGGCAGGUUCCAGGGCUUUCAGUCUGAUGUGUGGGGCCUGUGGGGCCUCCAGUAUGCCCAGCAAUGCUCAAGAGUCGGGUGGGGCGGGCAGCCCAGCGGGGGAAAUGUGAGGAGAGGGUCCUGGGGCACAGCCGGCAUCCAGGCUGCAGACCCCAAUCCCAGGAGCCCCAGGAGCCCCAGGAGGGGGAUGGUCCAGGCUCAGCCAGGGCCAGAGGAGCAGUCUUAGGACAGAGCCGCCAGGAGGCUGGCAGGUGGGGCUGAGUUCAAAGGAGGGUCCGCAGCUUCUCCAGGUCUGCUGUCAAGGAGGCUGGACCUAGAUGUGUGUUCUUUUUUUCUUUGGCGAGUAAGAGGGCCUUGCUGUGUUGACAGGCCAAGGGAACUUACUCCUAGGGGAGGGGAGGGCAAUAUGUCCACUUUAGAAACCAAGGGGGAAGCUUCCUUCCAGAGACAGACAAGGGGAGGGCCAGGCAGAGGCCCCAGGGCGGGAGGCUACAGGGCUCUGGUAGGGCCGGGCUGCUGACCACGGUGGUGAGUGUUUGCUGCCUCCCUCCAGGCCUCAGCUUAGCUCUGGAAGAGUCCAGGUGUCCCUUGCAGCUUGUGGAGGGUCCGUGUGGCUCCUGCCUGCUCCUGGUGGAAAGGAGGGCCCUGGCAAUCCCCGCACCUCCAGCUGUGGCCUGUGCUACAGCCUGGCAUCUCUGGAGCCUGCGGGCACCAUGCCCCUCUGCGUUCUGGUACACAUCAUCUGUGUGGCUGGGCUCCACGCUCGGCCCCUUUCCCCGCCCCUUCUGGCUGCCUCAGGCUCUCCAGCACCACUUCCAGGCGAGGUCCCACUGGCCUCCCUCCAGGGUCCCGCUUCGGGUCCCAGGCAUGGCUCAGCCACUGCCCAUUGCUCAGGCCUGAAGUGCUGGGACAGCCACACUCCAGUGUGUCUUAACCUCAGUGGGACACAGGAGUAGCUUAGGAAGGCCCCGGGUCUGUGCUGAGGGGUCCCACCAGCAGAGCUCCUGGCCAAGGGACCUUGCUGGACACCUGGCUGGCCAUGCAGCCCACAGCAUCUACGCCUGAGCCAGCUGCUUCUGAGCCCUUGCAUCUGUCCUGCUGCAGGCUGACCAGUGGCGUUUGUGGAGGUCACGGCCUUGGAGCCAGAGCUAGGACCAAGGCAAGCCGCUGACGACUCCUCUAUUUUCUGUCUGUAAAGAGAGGUUUGUUUCCGUUAAGAGCUGCCGGAUCCUGGAAGGACUCAGGAGCCCUUGGCCCACA